UGCACAUUUAGAACCUGACUUAGUUCCUGGGUUUUUAAAUCCUUCCCGUAAUUGUGGCCAAGGUUAUACGAAAGCGUUCUAUGUUUACCCUCACUGGCAGUUUUACAAGGUGGUAUGGUCAUGGAGCUCUCAGCUGUGGACACGCUGUGCGUGGGAUCCACUUGUGCUCUAAGCAGCCUCUUCUACUAUUUAUACCGGUGCCAGCGGGCAGCAGUAACGCGCAUCCAGUCUGCUCAAAGGUUGCAAUUUGACAGUGACCUGAAAAAACUGCUAGAGCACUCAGAGAGUCGAGAGCUUGGCUAUGUGGUAUUGGAAGGUAAAGUGCAAGCAGUUAAUGAAGCUCUAAAAAGCCAUUUCAAGCCACAUCUUCAGGCUGUAAUACAAAGGUACCAGAUGACUGAACACCGCUUGUUGUGGAACAGCUUAACAAGGAGCUGGAGUGAGGGUAAGCACAUAAUUCACAAACAAGUGGAUGCCAUUCCUUUUCUGCUGAGCCAACUGGAGGGUGUCGGGGAUUCUGUUCUUGUAUCAAAUCCGCUAAAUGCUUCUGGAUUAUGUCUGGAAACUGUUCAUGAAGAGUUUCACAUCCCAUCUCCUGGAUUUGGGGAAGUGUUCAGACACUACUUGAGCGGGGAAAAACCCACAGGUCUGCUGGAGACUGAAGAAAUACUUCCUGUGGGAACUGUAAUAACAGGAAUAGGACGGCUUGUGCUAGACCCUCAGGGUGUUGACAUUACAUCCACCCCAGGAUGGAUCCGAAUACUUCCUGUCCCUUGAUGGAUAUGAGGGUGUCUUAGAACAACAGGAAUCAAUAGCUGGUUUUUGGAAGAAAGCAGCAAUUUUCUGUGGUGUUCUGGGGGUUUCCUUCCUCUUUAUCACUCUGUAUAGAGCUUACCGUAGGUACAACAAAAAACAUGAAACACAGGAAAGUUGGAGUGAAACACACAGGGAGGAGCCGUCCCUUAUAGAUGAGACUGGAUCCUCUGAGAGAAUGUGUGUGGUCUGCAUUUCUCAGCCACGGGAAUGUGUUAUUCUGCCAUGUGGGCAUGUAUGUUGUUGCUUCCAGUGCUACCAGGCUUUGCCCACACCCUCAUGCCCUAUGUGUAGGGGCUACAUAAACAGAGUGGUGCCUCUUUAUCAGGCCUGAUUCCUCUUUUUGCUACUGUGUGCUAGGAUUUACUCUCUGAACAGUGGCCACUAACCCUGUCCUACAAGAUAACAUUUUUGUGUGACUAUUAUUUAGUGGACUAUGUAGAUGACAUUUUUUUGCUUGCUUAAGGGCAAUUGUGCAAAUGAGACCCAGUGAUUAUAUUUUAUAAAUGUUUGUUUGCCACUGUAUCCCCUAGACCAGUGAUUCCCAACCAGUAGCUCGUGAGCAACAUGUUGCUCUCCAACCCCUUGGAUGUUGCUCCCAGUGGCCUCAAAGCAGGUGAUUAUUUUUGAAUUCCAGGCUUGACAAUUUGGUCUUGGUUUCAUAAAAACCAGGUGCACUGCCAAACAGAGACUCAAUGUAGGUUGACAAUCCACAUAGGGGCUACCAAAUGGCCAAUCAAAGCACUUAUUUGGCACCCCAAGAACAUUUUUCAUGCUAGUGUUGCUCCCCAACUCCUUUUACUUCUGAAUGUUGCUCACAGCUUCGAGAGGUUGGGGAUCCCUGCCCUAGACCAAUAGAAUUUAACAGAUGCACUCCGAUGGUUGCAUUAAUUGUAAAACAUAAUAUGAUGCAGUCUGUUCUAUAUUUUCCCAUGCAAUUUAAGUAAAUCUGGUAAGCGUUCAGUGUGAUAAUAGUCUUACUGUACUGUAUGCAGUAUUUCAUUUCUUAGAAUAGCAAUAUAUUCAGUAUCUGAGAAUGUUAUUUUUUUACUGUAAUUUUCCCUUCUGUACAUAUCUAACAACCUGUGUGUAUAUACUAUAUUUACAGUGAGGGUUAAUUUUUUAAGUAUAAAGGUAUUAUCAAAUGGGAAAUGCAGUUUAGAAUAAAGCAAAUAUGAUUGUUAUGGAUCAUGGAGAGGGAUGGGUGAAAAUUUGGGAAACUGCAAAAAAUUUGCCAAAUUCAUUGAAGCCUAUGGGCGACAAUUUUUUUUGAUGGCAACAAUUUUUUUCACCCAUUGGAGUCUAUGGGUGUCUUUUUUGCAGCGAAACCUGAUCGAACAAUUUCACUCAUCACUAAUCAUGGAUGCUCUGCUAGUGUUUGAGCCUUCUGACAAUUGGCUAGUUUAACAAUUUAGUUCAGAGAAUGGCUGAUUCGCAAGGUAAGUAAUUAAGAGAUAGAAAAAAAACUGCUUAUUUGAACUGUAAGAUUCUUCAUAAACAAUGAUACUAGCACUACUAUGGGUUACUGUAGCAUUUUAAUUAUUUACUUGGGCAUUUAGAUAAGUUAGCUCUGUCAUAGGACACCAGGGUAGUAACUAAUAGGCCCAACUUGAUGAGAGCCCUAUGGGAACUGACUCAUCAAUAGGCCCCAUGAAAGACCUGACCUGGCAGGCAAGAAAUGUGGGAUAGGGUAUGAAUGAAAGGGGUAAUUUUUACCUCCGUAACCCACCAGCCAUGAAGGUUGCAUAAUGAGAGCAUAAGCCCGGAAACAUCUAACCAUCUGGACUUUAGGGCCCUCUGAUCACAUUUUAUUCUGUAAUUUAAUAAUGUAUAGUAAGACUCCUGUUUGUUAUAAACUAGUGUAAUGUGCUGCAUAACUUGCUGCUGCUGUGUAAAUAAAUUAAGAUGACCUGGUCAA